UGAAACUCACAUAACCAUCAACAUCAUCACUGACCACCCCCCACCCUCCACUCAAAUUCACCCCGCAACAUAACUAGAUAGGGGGGACGGAACAUCACAGAAACAAAACAGUACUAUGCCUACGGUGGCCACACGAACACAGCCUCUUCUCUUCUUUUCUCUUCUCAGGACGGGAGAUGAAAGGAACCAGCAAGUCAAAUAGUUUGUGAAUGAAAGUUGGCGGGUGAGAGUGAGCGAGAGCUGGGGAGAGAUAAGCCACGAGCUAAGCGAGGGCCUCUAAACACCUAGGAGGCCUUUUGUAGUACGAGUAUAUGUGUGUGUGAGUGAGUACUGUGUGUGAGUGAGUACUAUAUGUGUGAGAAAAUGCCGUGCAUUUUUGACAUUUCCCCUCGGGCGGCUUGCGGCUGAGCCUCUGAGGCCCUUGGUGAGCGGCUGCACCCUGGUUGACAUUUACAGAAGGGGGGGAACGAGUUGUGCCAAAGCCAAAGCAUGACGACGGCCUCUGAUUUCAACACACACACACAGUCUAAAUACAGGACGGUCCACUUCCAUACACUUUGGACCACUGGAGAAAAAGAAUGCUGCGGAACAUGAGAAUACUGCAACAACACGAGCUGCUCAGACAAGUUCCCUCUCCCUCUCUCAGAAACACACAGAACAAGGCCAUGCUCUAGUGACAAAAUACGCCAAAGCUUACACACAAACACAUACGCACACACACCUUGAGCUUUACCGGCCGACAAUGCCAAGGUGCAAUAACUACACCGACAGGAACUGAAAUUGGGGGAAAACGGACAAUGCCAUAUGGCUCAGUCCUAUCACAUAUCAGAGCUAUACCGCAUGAUGGUAAUCUUACGCAUGACCUACUACCUUCCAUUAUAGGAAGAAAAUAAGAGGUUCUGUCACAAACAGGGGUUCUAUGAAACCAAACCAGGGUUCUAUAAACCUGUACUUCACUAGAUUGUGGAUUUGUAUGGUAGUGGACUACAAACAUUUCCAUGAGGUCAAGAAAAACCCAUCCCAAUUUCACAAACCGCUUCAAAGGCCUACUUAGUAUCCUGUCAUGUUGUGAACGUUCUUAAACAAUCGUAUGUAUUGGUCCUAUCGGUGAUGACAACACACUGCUUAGCUAAGGCUAAUGUUUGUUCAAGAUGUGACAAAACAAAGGAAGAUUUAGCGCCGUCUAAGACUGCCACUGUUAGUACACCAUCCAGAGAAGAAGUUUCCAUGUUUGUGUGAGAGCCGUUAGCCAAUGACUACAUUAAAUAAACAUUCCUGAUUCCAAGUAGGCCUGAUAGAGCAGCAGGGGAGUAUACGCGGUAUAUUCAUGAUGCAAGAACAACAGAAGUUGCUUUAUCAGGUAUUCCACUGUACCUACAGAAGUUUUUUUUUCUAAUUUUAUACACCUAUCAGGGCUUGACAUUGGCACCUGCCAACAGGCCAAAAGCUUACAAAACUUGGCUGUGGCUAGUAGCACUUUCUGUCUCUCUAGCCACUUUGACGGGUAAAUUAUUCUUUGGUGUGACAAAUCACAGUAGUUGCAUCAAUUGUUUGUAUUUAAAAUGAAAUGCAAUAAUGUUCUAAAGAAAGCAGAACUCUAUCUAGUAGAAAGGCUAAAUGGCCAGGAAAAUCACUAGCCAGCCACUAGGGCUGUAAUGAUGCACUCAACUCACGAUUCGGUAUUGAGAUUUCUGACCUACGGUUCGAUAUGCACCAUUUCAUGACAUUGCGAUUUCUCGAUCCGAUACAAUAUCGUUACAGCCCUACUAGCCACAGUGGCUGGGGAGCAAAUAAGUUCACCGUCAAGCCCUGACACCUACCGCAUGCAGCCUCUACGGCCAUCUGGGAUGUGUCUGAAGGCCUGAGCUGCAGGUGAGGAGGUGCUCCUCCCCUGGACCUGGACCAGGCGCGCGUUUCUCAACAACACCAUUGCUAACUAAGUAACGUCGUUGCAAUGCAAUUUCUCAUUGGAAACCUUAUAAAUUGCUAAAUGGUUAGCAGCGAUGCUUUCGAGAAACGGGGUUCUGGUCAGUCCUGCGUCUGGCCUUGGACAGCUUAUCCUCAUCAGAGGGUAACCUAGGUCAACAAGAGUCAGGUGCCAACGCAAUAUCUGGGCAAAUCAAAUGUGUCUGUCAUCCAGGUCUGUCAAAACAAUGUGUUGUGAUGGCCGUUUUUGAAUGACAGCAGGCAUGACAGCAUACACAAAGUCUGAUUCGCUGAUGGAUUUAUUGCUGCUGUAGAAGUUCAACAUUUGAAUGCGUUGUGUGUCUGCUCAUUCCGUUGUCCUCGCUGAAAUGUUCAGAAAUGUAACAUUUCUGAACAUUUUGCAGAGGACAUCGGAAUGAGCGGACACACAACGCAUUUCAAGAUGGCCCUGCACAAAGUCCAUGAGAUCUGUCAGCGGACUGAGCCAGAGUGAAACGACAGUGAGUGAGAGAAAAAGAGAAAGAGAGAGAGUUACAGCAAUGGUUGCAGGGGAGGUUGUGUGCGGGGGAUCCGAGGAGGAAGGUCAACAAAUGGGAUAGGAUCCAUAUGGCAAGAAGCAGCUGCGGGUCGUCUGUCCUCAGCUCACACACAGGCAGCAGAGGAAAAGGGGGUCUGGGGAGGCAGGCUGGGGGAUGUGAGGCGGGGUGGGGCGUGGUGUGCUUGGGGUACUGGAGGGUGGUGGGCUUGGUAGAGGAAACACUGGUAGUGCACAUGAGCUCAGAGAGUGAGCUGUGACAAGCACUGCACACAUGCACACGCAAACCCGGACAUGCUUCCACACAAGAGAUGAUUGAGAAUCCCCCACUCCAAAAAAAGUGGUCCAGGGCCCUUUGGAUGGCUGCCAGGGUGUGCAGAACAAAUGACUCAAGGUUCUGGAACAUUCCAAUGGAGCAUUCAGCCCAUGUCUUACAGAGGUUCCUGUUUGAGAGAUAUGAUGGGGGGUGGGCUGCAUGUAUGUGAUUGUGUGUGUAGCUGUGCAGAAUUUCCAGCAAGGUCACAGAUUAACGGUGAUGCUGGGCUAUACAGGCUUGAGGGAAGGGGAAGGGGUGGGCAAUAAGAGCGUGUAGAGAGAGAGAGAGAGAAAAAUAAAGAAAGUGUAGAGAGAAUGAGACGGAGACAGGGGGAGAAAGAGAGAGCAAUCGAGGGACUUGAAAGAUAGGAAGGAAGAGAGAGACGGAGAGAGAGAGAGAGAGAGACAGAGAGACAGACAAUACAACGAAGAGAAAACUCAGAGAGAGACAGACGCACGCAUGAGAAACAGACAGGGAAAGAUAGAAUCGGACAAGAGAGAGACCGAGGGAGACAGAGAAGGACAGGCCAGGGACAAGAAGGAGGAUGAGGAGUGAUGGGGCAGACGGCCCUGCUUUGACCUACAAACCACAUCUAUCUAACCCACACCACAUCACCAUGAUUUCCCCCGCUGUGGACGUUGGUUGGGGGAUGAUAUAAUGGCCAGCCAGACACAGUCUCACUGCAGUCUCACGCCCACCACAUUCAACAUAUUUUAUUACGAGGCAAGCUAAGCCAUGACCACAAGACUGGUAUGACUGGAGACAAUGAAAACAAACAAGGUAUGAGACUUAGGAUGCUUGUGUGAAUGUUGUCUGAAUAAAAACACAACAAGGAAACACACGUUUUACAGGGUCCAAUGAAGCACUCGGGGAUACACAGACAUGGUGUGUUAUGUUGGGCAGAGUUCAAUAGUCUUUAAAAGCAAAAGUAUCAGGGGAAGCAAGUGAGUGUGAUUCUCUUCCAGAUUCUCUGAUGCCAUGAAUUUGCACCCAAAUAAGUAAUUAAAGAUGAAUUGAAGACAAAACAUGCUCACUUCUAAGACACAGACAACAGAAUCAGUCGUGCAUUCUGACACUCUUGACAUUUAAGGAUACAAAUGCCAUUUAAAGUUCAGCUUUAAUGACACUGUGUCCUCCUCAAAUGUUACUUCCAACAGAAAGAAUUGUGUUAGCCAUAGUUAUCAUCGAGGUCAUCCCUAUGUUCCCCGGGUCCUAUGUUCCCCGCAACUGGGGGACUUAGGACCCUUUUUUCAAAAAAGGGUUCUAUGUUCCCCUCUGCUUCCAAGUAGACUGCUGCCGAAUGGCAAAGCGCAGGUUGUUGUUGCACCUCUGACAGGUUAGGUUUAGGGAUGGUUUUGGUCAGGGCACAAAUUUACAACUCAGAAACAUUGCAUUACUGACAGGUUAGGUUUAGGGAUGGUUUUGGGAAGGGCACAAUUUGAAAACUCUGAAACAUACAAUCCGAGGAACAUAGAACCCUUAUUUAGAAAAAGGGUCCUACAAUGUAUGUUCCCCGGUCCCAUACAAAGAUCAAGGAACAUAGGACCCGGGGAACAUAGGUACGCUCCCGUUAUCAUCAACAGGUCAUCAACAUGUAUCCAACAGAAGUGGCAUCUCUACAAUGAAGAAUCCAUGUCUUCCAGACUUGACUCCUUGUUAAGCAACCAAACCACACUGCAAUUCUGGAUCUCAAACAGGGCUUAUGAUGUAAAAAAUGACAGGCCCUAGGUCCCUCAUUUACUACUAGAAAUAGUUUGAGCAGCAAGCACAGAGUUGUCUGGAGGCCUAGCGCUCACUCGUGAAUGAAAUGGAAACGAGUCAACAAGUGGCAUUCCAAUGUGUCUUGCCAGAAACGGUGGUAGGCCAUUGAGGUGAGAGUCAUGCUGAAGGUAUGCCUGCCUCACUGUGCAAGUUGGAGCAAGGGGAGAGGGUAGGCGAAAAAAACACUCCAACGCUUCCACUUGUACUUGUGGACUCUGGCAUGUGGACACACAACAGCCACAGCACAGCCCCCCUCCCCUUCCCAAAAACGCCUACAAAUUCAUGCCUUCAAACCACUGCUUCACAGCAACAUGUCUUCUUGACAGCGUCAAGCGUCACAAAACAUGGAAUAUGAACACAAUAAAGUAAACGCUUGAGAGAAUUGGGAUGAUUUCCAUUUUCAAUUAUAAUUAAAUGCUUUAGGACUGUUUUGGCUUGUUCAUGUAGUACAAAAAGCAAAUCUCAGUUAAUGGUUUUCCAAAUUUAUUUUUAAUCUCAAAUAAGGAGUGGUUUUGAGCUCCACCUAGACAUCAAUCAUCCAUUAUCUUUUGGCCUACAGUACACUUGAAAGGUAUUGGGAGUGUCACAGAGAGGUGCCGAAGCCCUAAUCUUCACUUCGCAGUGGAUGCAAUGCAUGCAAUGUCCACUCAUUCGGAUACAGAUUUAUUUUCCCAACAGACAUACGUCUCCUUUGUGUGAAUCCAUUUUGUAAGUCACUUUGUGUAUACUGGGUACCAGGUCUGCUACAAAGAAGGGUUAAUGUAGCUGAUAAUGCUGGUGAUGUCAAGCUUAGUGAUUUAAGCUGAGUGUUACAUGACUAAUUUACUGCGGUUGACUUUCCCAUCUCAGACAGUCCCCCAUCAAGUAAAAGAGCUAGCACUAGUUGGCUAGCUAACUUUGCUACCCAGCAGUCAAAUGAGCAAACACUUAUGCGCAACAACAGACCGAUGAGGUUUUUCAAACUGUUACAUGUGUACCACCAAAACAGUUUUCAGCAAGCGAUUAAGUGACUUGUCAACUCAAUAAGGCAUGCGAUUGUCCGUCACACAAUGACUGCCGUACUUUGCCAUUCAGUAAUAUUUCUCACCUAGCUAGUUAGCAAUUCUUAAAGGUUCGGACAUGGAUGUUAUGCCAGCUCUAUUCAUUAUUAUUGCCAAGCAUGAUGACUUCCUCAAUGCCGUCUUAAAAUAUAUCGGCAAAUGUUUAUUGUGGCAGCAAAAUAUUUCAUGAAUAGGUUCAAUGGCAGUGUCGGGCUUCUUAGCUAAAUAAUGACUAAGACAGAGGACCUAGCCAAGUAGACGCCAUGUUGACCAAACCAAAAUGGCUGCACGAGAGAUUAGUUGACAGUCAGUUGGCUGCAUUCGAGUUGGGUUUCUUGAUUUAGACAAUUACGUACUGUGCUAAUAACGGGAACCUGACAAAUCACCAAGGCAAAAGAGUUGUCUAGAAAUCAGUGGCCAUCCCAACCGUCAUCAUGAUUAAGUUCUUCCUGAUGGUGAACAAACAGGGUCAGACUCGGCUCUCCAAGUACUACGAUAACGUGGACAUCAAUAAACGGGCAGCCCUAGAGGCAGACGUGGUCAAGGGAUGCCUCUCACGGCGCAAGGAUGAGUGUUCGUUUGUGGAGUAUAAAGAUUAUAAGCUGGUCUACAGGCAAUAUGCAGGCCUGUAUAUAGUGGUUGGCAUCACAGACACGGAGAAUGAACUCUCUAUUUAUGAGCUGAUGCACAACUUUGUUGAGGUCCUGGACAAAUACUUCAGCCGUGUGAGUGAACUGGACAUCAUGUUUAACCUGGAUAAAGUGCAUAUCAUCCUGGACGAGAUGAUCCUGAACGGCCACGUGGUGGAGACCAACAAGAGCAGAAUUCUAGCGCCCCUGCUCGUCCUGGACAAGAUGGCAGAGAGCUGAGACACCCCCCCCCCCCUCCUCACCUCAAUAUCUAACCUCAGUCCUAUCCUUAUGCUCGUGGCCUCACCUCAAGUUUCCCCGCUGUCAGACUAGCCAGAACAACUUUUGGGGUACUUUUCCCCGUUCAGUAUUACGCUUGCAAACGAGGAAAUGACCUUUGAAUUGUGCUUUUGCGAGAUAUUGAAUUAAACUCCUAUCAUCGACGACAUCUUGCCUUGCCUCACGAGGCCACAAGGAAAAGGGGAGGAUGGGAGGUUGGAUAUUGAGUUGAACCCCAAGGGUACAAGUCAAGGCACUCAUGUCCUUUCCUGUGACCUCUGGUCUCAUGACACAAGACGACAUCAUGUUAACCAAUAUCUUGCAAGAACACAUUUCAAAAGGUCGUUCUCUCAUUAUCAAUUGAGAUGUUGAAUGGGGGGAAAAGCCACACAAGUCUCAUUGGUCGACAGCGGGGAAACCGUUUUCUUCUUCACGGAGGGCGGCAGUACAACACUGUGGCAAGAGCUCAGUAGAAAGUACCGGUAGUUUGACUCGUGCAUCGAGAGAGAGAGGUUUCUCUUUAAGACGAGCGAGACAUGACUGACAGUCAUGUCAUUCCAUGCAUGUUGUGACAGGACAGAGGUGGUCCUGCCAUGGAGUAAUGGGCCUUGGUAUGACCAAGAACACUUUGUGUCGCUUUUCAAGAACUUUUUUUUCUGCCUACAACAUGAGGCUUUUCACCGCUAUCAGGAAAGACGAACAAAAGACUCACGCCAGCAUAGCUGGUUAGGACAUUCAAGCAACAAAAAGAAAAGUGGCAUGACAACAGAAGUACUUUGCAAACAUUUUUAAUUAUUUUUUUCCCAUUUUUUUCUUUCUGAGCAUACACAUUUGAAAAUAUUUGUUUACUUCAAACUGCAACUUGAGUUAAAUAAAUGUUUAUAAUAUACAAAGAAAAUACAAGGGAAAGCAUAGCUUGCUUUUUUGUCUUAAAUGUGCCUUGCACACAGAACCAGUGUUUUUUUGUCUCUAUAGCUUUAUUGUAAAAUUACACAAAUGCACUCAGGGACUUUGAUCCUUGUAGCUGGGCAAUGGACAAUCAAAACAUACUCACACGUUAACAAAAGCAAAACAAAUACGGAGGAGGAGGAAACGGAGGAGGGGAGGGGUGGAGUAAGCAUGUGCAUGAUUGUAUGCUGUAAAGAUUAAGUAAAAUGAAAGGAGAAAAC